UUUACGUCGGACUGAUGUCAGUAGCCUCAGCCUCUUCUCCUUGAGCAGAUACGAUGAAACAGAUGUAACAAGAGAAGUGUUGUGUGGAACAAUCUGGCUUCUAUCUCAGACAGGGGGUCAGAGUCGAUCAUCAGAUCAAAUCAAGUGCUGGGGAUUGUGCGCGCACAUUGUGUUGUUUUGUUACAGAGCAGCGCAUCCUUCAAUCUCAGGAAUCCACCCGCAUCACAAGCAUCGGUUUAGGUGGAGCAGAGUCGUCAUUGUAAAGAACACGUUUCUGUGACACUUGUCUGCUAAAGGUGAAGUCAGCAGAGAAAGGAAGCAUGUGCAGCCGUAUCCCCCGUCUUGUCGUAAACCCCUUGCGUCCUAAAGGAAAGGAAUCAUCCGUGUCCAACGUCCCACUAUCAGAGGAGAGCAGCAAGGAUUUCGACAUUAGUUCCCAGCUCUCAAAAAGAACCAUCAGUCCCAACAGCCUGUCCUCAGUUGACACUGGAUGCCCAAGCAGUAUGUGUGCAUCUCCAGCCAAGACGCCCUCUGGCUCUGACAACAGCCCACUUGGUUCGCCCACUCUGACAGAGCGCAAGGUCAAGAUGAAGAGAGUGAGGAUGAAUGUAGAGGCCGAGUGGAGCGCACCAACACCGAAGCACAAGCAGGGGAAGCAUCAGCGUACAUCCAUAAUGCAUAAAAGCAGUGAGGCCGAUUUCAGUUCAUCUAGCAGCACUGGAAGCUAUAAGACACAUGAAGCUCGGCCCAGCAACUCCACAGGGAAGAUCUUGUCAACUCGUAGCCGUGCACCCCUCAUCAGAAGCCUCCCUGUGUUCAAGCCCGCAGGAAGCUCCACUGCCCAGCGCAAUACAGAGCUGUAUGCCCCUUACAUGACGCCACCUAAAGCCUCCUCCAUCACCAACACCAGUAGCAUCUCCAGCUCCACAAAGAGAAGGACCACUCCUGUGCGAUACCAUUCAUGCGGAGACAAUCAUGGCAUCAAGCCACCCAACCCAGAGCAGUACCUGACCCCUCUACAGCAGAAAGAGGUCGCCAUUCGCCACCUCAAGACUAAACUCAGAGACUCUGAGAACACCGUUUCUGACCGGGAGGCUGAAAUUGAGGAGCUAAAAGCCCAAAUGGAUCGUAUGCGAGAAGAUUGGAUUGAGGAAGAAUGUCACCGUGUGGAAGCCCAGCUAGCUCUCAAAGAAGCCCGCAAGGAGAUCAAGCAACUGCGCCAAGUGGUGGAAACCAUGAAGAACAGCUUGAUGGAGAAGGACAAGGGCAUCCAAAAGUACUUCAUUGACAUAAACAUCCAAAACAGGAAGCUUGAGUCCUUGCUCCACAGCAUGGAGUUGGCACAAAGUGGCUGCAACUUGCAAGACGAGCCCACGCUGGACUUCAUCUGCGAGUCUACGGAGAGAACCACCACAGGCAAGCUGGAAAUGGAGCUGCAGGUUGAGGAACAAGGGGUGGAAGAGAUGGCUGAUGGCGAGCUGCUGGCAAAUGAUGAAAUGGCCAACACAGCAGAACUUCUGGAGCAAGUUUUCAUGUCUACAGCUGUUGAUUCCAGCCAGGACGGUGGCACCAAGAUCAUCCCCCAGCCAGAACUGUCCACCUUGGAGAGUGUCUCUGAGGUGAAGAGCACUGAGGAAUGCAUCUUAAGUGACCACUUUGGUGCAGAGGAGAAAGGUGUCCAGACUGAUGAGGAUAUCUACACUGCUGAUCUCCAAGCCCUACUUCUCCAGCUGCUGAAGCUCCAAGCUGGUGGGCUCGCUAGCCUGCUUAUUUCUUCUCCCCAACAAUCCCAGAAAUUGUCUGAAGCACAAGACCCCAAAAAGGAGAAGGUACAAGAAGCACAAGCCGAAAACCAAGAAGUGAAUAAGGUUGGCCACAUUAGCACAGUCUUUACAUCUCAAAAUCUUAGUGAUUCUGGCCUGUGCUUUUCUGAGCCUGAAAUUAAGCCCCAGUUCAUGGAGGAGUUGGAUUUCGACCUGAAGAGUUCCAGGAAUGCCAAUAGCAUGGCAGUGGUGGAGAAAAGCCAUUGGAGCAACAACUUCCUGGUUGAUCUGGUUGCCGUGGCAGCACCUGUGCUUCCCACCGUGGCGUGGCUCUACUCUCAGCAUGGUUUGGUUGGAGGGGCUCCUGUGUACAACAUCGCUGCUUUGAUUCGUGGCUGUUGCAUUAUGGGUUUGCACUCACUCCGCCAUGUCUCGCACAGGCCAGACACUUAGUGGCCCUCACCCACAUGUAAAGUUUCAUCGAGAGCACUUUAACUUCAUCUUAACAUAGCGAUUGUGUUUUCGUACACCUGUAUUUAUAAAAAAUUCACAUCCUUUUUACUUUCAAUAGCUACAUUCCUACUUUGCACUGUGUAUACUUGCCAAGAGUUAAAUCACUGAGGAUUAAUUUAAUGUGAAAGGGUUAUUGUGUUUUGUCAUUUUUGUUAUUUAUUACCUUUUUAUGUAUGAAUGUAUAGAAAUAUUUUUGCAUAAGCUGAUCAUCUGUGUAGGUGGUUUGUUGCUCAAGUCUUGUUCUUUUGCUGACUUGCCAAUUCCCUGCUUUUUAUAAAGCGUAAUUUGGAGUAAAAAUAGGGAGUUAUUGUCAGUUGACCAUGUUUUGUUGUAGUUAAUAUCACUCUGUGUUGCAAAAGAAUCCAAAUCUUCUGCCAAAGCUUAAAUGUGUUCACCGUUUUGAAUCAUUUCUCUCCUUGGAGUUAGAGCUUUUACAUGUCGCUCCGUUAACUGACAGUUUCCUGAAAGGUAUCAGUAACUACAGCGAACGCUUGUUAUGUGCCUGAGCUAUGUGCAGUAUUUUUGUUUAUAUUAAGAUGUAUCAAUAUAUUUUACUAUUAAAGCAUGGGAA